CGUAGUAGCUUCUCUCUUACUGUGCUUCAGCGUAUAUGCUGCUGCUGCUGGUGCUAACUCCAAACAAAUACACACUUCAAUUUGUCGGUGAAAGAUCUUCAGAAUGGGAUUGCAGCUCAUUUUCCUGCUAAUUAAGCUACAUUUUGUUACAUGUACACCCCAUCUUCAUGAAUAUGCUGCAAGCUAUUUGCACCAUUCGAGAAUCCGAAGCCCUUCAAGCAUUGCAUUCCCACCCUCAGAGUCACCUACUAGAGUUCCUGCUAGUUCUACACUUCCACCUUCCAAGGCAUUCCCCAAAAGGAAAUGGACGCACAGUUCUAUGGACUCUCCAAUUCCACACCACAAGCAUCACCACCAUUCCAGAAGAUAUUUCAGCAACCAAGCUCCUGGACCAACCUUUUCAAUUAACCCCCAUACUCAUCAAGGUCCUCCUCCUGUCUUCAAAUCACAACAUUCAUUCUCUUCACCUGUAAAUGCACCCGCACAAGCUCCUGCACCAGCACCAAUACUUCCAUCACAGCACUUGAAUGUACCCUAUACUUCACCCAGAAUUUCACCUCUAGGUUCAUCAGUGAAGAAAACAAGAACUCCACCAGCAGCAUAUGCUUUGGUUCUACCAUCUCCACCGCCUAACAAAGAUUGUAUGUCACUGACAUGCUCUGAGCCCUUGACAUAUACACUUCCUGGAUCACCUUGUGGUUGUGUUUGGCCACUCCAAGUUAAACUUCGCGUCAGCAUUGCAAUAUACAAAUUUUUUCCUUCGGUUUCAAAGCUGGCCAAAGAAAUUGCAGCUAGUGUUUUGCUGAACCGUAAUCAAGUACGUAUUGUGGGAGCCGAUGCGACUACUCAGCAGCUCGAGAAAACCACUGUUCUCAUAAACUUGGUACCCCAAGGAGUGAAAUUUGAUGAUACAACAGCUCUUUUAAUAUAUAAGAAAUUCUGGCAGAGAGAGAUUCUCAGUGAUUCUUCUACCUUCGGUUCCUAUGAAGUGCUCUAUGUUCAUUAUCCAGGUCUUCCACCAUCUCCACCUUCAAAUGUUUACGGUAUAGAUGUUGAACCAUACCCUAGUCACGACAACAAUGUAACAAUAAUAAAACCUUUAGGAGUAAACGUUUCAAGGAAGCAAAAAGAAGGGAGUGGUGGAAGAAUGCUUAUUAUGAUCAUCCUUUCAUCUUUGACCGCCUUCGUUCUAUUCAUUGGACUUGCAUGGCUUUUUCUCUUGAAAUGUGGUUCCAGCACUCUUGAACCUGGACAUAUUCCAGAUGCCAAAAUGUCAUCCUCUUCAAAACGAUCAGGAACUGCCAGUGUUAGGUCAUUGACUUAUGCUAGCAUGCCAGGUUCUAGAUCAAUGUCCUUCAGUUCUGGAACAAUAAUCUAUGCAGGACCAGCUAAAAUAUUUUCUUUGAACGAAAUCGAGAAAGCAACAAAUAACUUCAAUUCUUCAAGCAUAUUAGGAGAAGGUGGCUUCGGUCUUGUUUAUAAGGGUGACUUAAAUGAUGGCAGAGAGGUGGCUGUGAAGAUUCUCAAAAGGGAUGACCAGCAUGGUGACCAUGAUUUCUUUGCAGAGUCAGAGAUGCUUAGCUGCUUGCACCAUAGGAAUUUAGUUAAAUUGAUAGGUAUAUGCACAGAGAAAGAGACUCGCUGCUUAGUUUAUGAGCUUGUCCCUAAUGGCAGCGUGGAAUCCCACUUACAUGGUGUGGAUAAGGAAACCGAACCACUUGAUUGGAAUGCCCGGAUGACGAUUGCACUUGGUGCAGCUAGAGGAUUAGCCUAUCUGCAUGAAGAUUGUAAUCCAUGUGUCAUACACAGAGACUUCAAAUCCAGCAACAUCUUAUUGGAAUACGAUUUUGUACCCAAAGUUUCAGAUUUUGGCUUGGCUAGAACAACAUUGAACGAGGGGAACAAGCCCAUUUCAACUCAUGUAAUUGGUACAUUUGGCUACGUAGCUCCUGAAUAUGCAAUGACAGGACAUCUUCUUGUCAAAAGUGAUGUUUACAGCUAUGGAGUUGUACUCCUUGAGCUGUUAAGUGGAAGAAAGCCUGUGGAUUUGUCACAGCCACCAGGCCAAGAAAACCUUGUUGCUUGGGCUCGUCCACUUCUUACAAGUAAGGAGGGUUUGCAGAAGAUCAUAGACCCAAUUAUGAAGGACAGUGUUUCCAUUGAUACCAUUGUAAAGGUUGCAGCAAUUGCAUCCAUGUGCGUGCAAUCAGAAGUCACUCAGCGUCCUUUUAUGGGUGAAGUUGUUCAGGCCUUGACAUUGGUAUGCAGUGAGUUUGAGGAAACAAGAGUUCUGUAAGACCGUAAAGUCUUCUAGAAGAUGACCCUGUAAUUGGUCUUGUAAUCAGUUUUCCAGGUGAGACAGUGGGCUUUCAGAGUGCAACAGAACCUUGCUUCAGCCUAGUUAUCAACCUGGUUGAGAACCAAGGUAGCACUACUGUCAUCAUAAGUAAUGCUCACAAGGGGCAAGAAUUUGAAUCAUCGGGGUUGCUUGUGUAUAGGGGACAGAAAUUUCAACCAAAUUCCCAUUAAACUUUCUCAAAACAAAUUUUAAUGACAAUGCAAAUUUGUUCGUCGUUACUUACUAUAAUGGGAUUGGAAGCUGAUGUCACA